AUGGAUCAGCAACGGUUAGCCGCGCUCCUGCAGGAGUCUCAAGUUCCCGACACCCAGAACUUAAAGGCGGUCACUGCCGAACUCCAAAAGAACUACUACUCUCACCCCGAAUCUCUCCUUCUCCUCGUCGAGAUCGUCGCAACCCACCAAGAUGUGAAUGUGCGGCAACAGGCUGCGGUGCAGGGCGCCCGCUUGGUCGUCAAGCACUGGGAGAAGAUCCCCAAGGAGCAAAAGGCGGCUGUGCGUCAGCAUGUGGUCCAGGCGACCAUGAACGAGCAGACGCCGCGGGCGCGUCACGCGAAUGCACGUCUCGUCGCGUCCGUUGCUGCAAUUGACCUUGAGGAUGGGGAAUGGCCCGACCUCAUCCCGGCGCUCUUCAACCUGUCCACCAACAGCGAUGUCAACCAGCGCGAGGUGGGCUCGUACAUCAUCUUCAGCCUGCUGGAGGAGAACCCUACCGCGUUCGCCGAGGAGAUGCCCAAGCUCCUCGAGCUGUUCGGCCACACCCUCCGGGACCCGCAGAGCGCAGAUGUCCGCAUCAACUCCAUGAUGUCCAUCGGCGCUAUGCUGCUCAUGUUCGAGCCCCUGGAGGACGAGGAGUCCGUCACUACUCUCCAGACUCUGAUCCCGGCCAUGGUUGACAUUCUCAAGGAUGCCGUCAGCGCAGGGGAUGACGAGAAGACUGGCCAGGCCUUCGAGGUCUUCCAACAAUUCCUUGCCUACGAGUCGGCCCUGCUCGGCAAGUACCUCAAGGACCUUGUCCAAUUCAUGAUCGACCUGGCCGCCAACAAGCAGGCUGAGGAGGAUGUGCGCUCCCAGGCGCUUGCGUUCCUUGCCCAGACCGUCCGCUACCGCCGCAUGAAGAUCCAGGGCAUGAAGGACAUGGGCCAGGAGCUCACCCAGAAGAGUUUGUUAAUCCUCACCGAGAUUGACGACGAUGAGGAUGACGACGAUAUGGGCCCUGCCCGGUCCGCGCUCGCCCUUCUCGACCAGCUCGCCAGCGACCUGCCGCCUCGCCAAGUCAUUGUCCCCCUUCUUGAAGCGCUUCCCAAGUUUGCCACUUCCAGCGAGCCCGGCUACCGCAAGGCUGGUAUCCUCGCCCUGGGCACCGUCGUCGAGGGCGCGCCCGAUUUCAUUGCCACGCAGGUCAAGUCGAUCAUGCCGCUAGCCAUCAACCUGCUCAACGACGCGGACGUUGGCGUCCGUCACACCGCCCUCAUCGGCCUCGCCCGCCUGGCUGAUGACAUCGCCUCGGAACUCUCCCCCUUCAACGAGUCUAUCAUCACAGCCCUGGUUAAAAACCUGCAGGCCGCGACGCAGGCUACGCCGGACGAGGCCCUGGCCAAGAAGAACAUUGAGAUCAUCCGCUCCGUGUGCGGCGCUUUGGACUCCAUGUCGGAGGGUCUCGAUGCCGAGUUCAUGAAGCAGAACGCCAGCGAGCUCGUCAGUAACAUUGGCGCUCUCAUCACCCACGAUGAUUACAAAGUCAAGGUGGCCGCGUCUGGUGCCAUUGGUGCCAUUGCCGAAUGCCUUGGCGAGGACUUCAAGCCCUACUUUGAGCAGACCAUGCAUGCCCUGGGUGCUUACCUGACCAUCAAGGACUCUGAAGAUGACUUGGCGCUCCGCAGCGGUGUGUCUGACUCCGUUGGUCGCAUCGCCACGGCCGUCGGGGCCGAGGCCUUCCAGCCCUACGUGGUCGACCUCAUGCGCUCCAGUGAGGAAGCGCUUCAUCUCGAUAACUCCAGACUCAAGGAGAGCAGCUUCAUUCUGUGGAGCGCCCUUGCCAAGGUGUACGAGAAGGAGUUUGCGCCCUUCCUCCCUGGUGUGUUCAAGGGGCUAUUCGAAAGCCUCAAGCUCGAGGAGACCGAGAUCAAGCUUCAACUCACCGAGGAGGAGAAGGGCAUUGUGGGCACUGACAACGAGGUCAUCACGGCCGGCAAGAAGGUCACCAUCAAGAAUACCUCUGACGAGGACGGAGAUUGGAUGGACGACGAUGAUGAGGAUGACGAGUACGACGACUUCGGUGUCUCCAUUGAGGCGCUCGAGAAGGAGGUUGCUAUGGAGAUCCUCGGCGAUGUGAUCACAUACGCCUGCGGCACGCAAGAGAUUGCCGAGUACCUCGAGAAGGCCGUCGAAUGCAUCUCUCCCUUGGCCGAACACUCGUAUGAGGGCUGCCGUAAGGCUGCUAUCGCCACGCUCUGGCGGUCGUAUGCCCGCGUCUGGCAGCUGAUGGAGCAGGAGACCGGCACCAACUGGGAGCCUGGCCUUCCCCUCAAGCAGGAGCCAACCACGACGAUUGUGAAGCUCGGCGAGAUUGUCUGCAAGGCUACCCUGCAGCUGUGGCACGAGGAAGCUGACCGUGGCGUCGUCACGGAAAUCAACCGCAACGUUGCGGCGACUCUCAAGGCCUGCGGCCCAGCCAUCCUCGCCCAGCAGAGCUUUGUCACGGAAGUCGUCACCGUUCUGUCUACGAUCAUUACCCGCUCGCACCCCUGCCAACAAGAUCUGGGCGAUGAGGACGAGGAUCAGGAAGUCGAGGGUACUUCGGAGUACGACUGGCUUGUUAUUGACACCGGUCUUGAUGCCAUCAUCGGUCUUGCUGUUGCCCUUGGCCCCGGCUUCGCCGAGCUCUGGAAGAUCUUUGAGAAGCCUAUUAUCCGGUUUGCUUCUUCUGAAUCCGAGAACAUCGAGCGGUCUACCGGUGUCGGCGUCAUCGCCGAGUGCGCUGCGAACAUGGAGGCGGCCAUCACCCCAUACACGGAGAAGCUCCUCAAGCUGCUCCUCAAGCGGUUGUCGGACACUGACCCCGAGACCAAGAGCAACGCGGCCUACGCCACCGGGCAGCUCAUCCUCAACUCGACUGACACCAACACCUACCUGCCGCACUACGGCAACAUCCUCCAGAAGCUGGAGCCGAUGCUGCAGGUCCAGGAAGCACGCAUCAAGGACAACGCCGCCGGCUGCAUCUCGCGGCUUACACUGGCGCACCCGGAUCAGAUCCCGCUUGGUGACGUCCUUCCUGCUCUUGUUGGGCUUCUGCCCCUCAAGGACGACUAUGAAGAGAACUCGCCCGUUUAUGAGUGCAUCUUGAAGCUCUAUGAGAACAACGAGCCCACCAUCCAACAGCUCACCCCCAAGCUGGUCCCCGUCUUCGAGUCCGUUCUCAGCCCGCCGAGCGACCAGCUCGACGACGAGACGCGCGCGAUCGUCCGCAAGACGGUGUUCCUCCUGUACAACGCCAACCAGGGCCUCUUCAGCAGUAACCCUAGCGUCCUAAAGCUGGCUGGUGUUGUGUGA